AUGAUUAUUAUGGAUGCGGAUAAUCUUACUGCACAGCAAAUUCAAAACAAAUUAAAAUUCAAAUAUUUUGAAUUAGUUAAAAAUGAAAAAGGUAGUAAUGAUAUAUGGAAAAAUGAUGUAUCUUUGGUUGGAAAGAAAAAUGAAAAUGAUAUUAUUGAUGUAUUAGAAGGUUGGAUAGCUUGUAACUAUUGUCAUACGGCUUAUCGAACACAUGCUAAAAAAGAUUCUAAUGGUAAAAGGAAAAAUUUUGGAUUAAAUUCAGUACAUGAUCAUUUGAAACAAUGUAAAUUAAAAUCAAAAGCUAAUGAAAUUAAUAAUCAAAAUGAUAAAACAUCUGGAUAUAUUAUUCAACCAAAAUUUGCUUAUAAUAAAAAGGCAUUACCAGACAAAUAUAAAUUAAAAAUUAAAGAUGCUGAAUUAAAAUUCGUGGUUGCCGGUUCACAUUCAUUUAAUUCAUUAGAAAAUGAUGGAUUAUUACAAUUAUUUCAAACUGGUAUUGAUAUUGGUGCAAAUUUAGGUUUAUUAGAUGUUAAAGAUAUAUUCUAUGGAAGACAAACUAUUCGUGAAGAAGUUGUAUCCAAAUUUGAUCAAUAUACAGAUCAAGUACGUUCUUUAUUAGAAGAACCAAUUAAACAACAUUGCAUUGCUGCCACAGCUGAUCUGUGGACUGAUGAUUUAAUGAAAAGAAGUUAUUUGGAUUUUACAGUAUUUUAUGUUAAUAAUAUUUAUGAAUUAAAACAUACUUUAUUAAGAUGCAAACAUUUUGAUGAACAAAAAACUGGAAUUAAUAUAUGGCAUGAAAUAGAACAAAUCUUUCAAUCAUUUAAUUUGUCAUUCGGUGACACACCCAUCACUACAGAUCAAGGUGCAAAUAUGAUUAAAGCAUUAAGUGUAACUGAUGAAGCACGAUUUCCAUGUUUUGCACAUCGAACAAAUACUGUGUUAGAAACAGCAUGGGAAAAUGUUAAAAAAAUUAAUAUUGAAUUUAAAACUUUCUGUACGUCAGUUAGUGAUCUUCGAACUUACUGUCAACAAAGUGGUGGAAUCCAGUUUAAAUUACCAAAAACAUUAAAACGUACAAGUGGUACACGUCCAUGGCGUUCAUAUUUUCUUAUUCAUGAUAGUUUACAUCAAUCAUAUGAGCAAUUGCUGAUAUUAUUACGUGAACGUGGUGAACAACAUCGUCUUAUACACAUUAAUCCACAAUUAUUACAUGAAAUUAGUAAGUUUAUGGAAAAUUUCAGUUUAAUUUUUGAUAGUUUAGAAUUUUCAAAUCGACCAACAUUACAAAAUGUUAUACCAAGUUAUUAUCGAAUGCAUGAAUGUUGUAUUAUAGACAGAAAACAAAAAAAUUCUAUUAUAAAUUUAUUAAAAGUUGAAAUUGCCAAAGAACUUGAAGAUAAAUAUUGGACGUCGACAACACAAUUACAUUGGAUUGCUGCAUAUCUUGAUCCAACAUUUAAAGAAUUAUUAUUUGUUACUGAUGAAAAAUUUUUAUCUGAACAGAAGAAAUUAAUUAAAGAUGGUAUUUAUAUUUUGGCUAAUGAUUUUAAAGAUGUUAUUUUAUCAUCCAAUGAAUCUUCACAUAAAAAUGAUUCACCACCAACAAAAAAAAUGAAAGAAGAUCCUUUUGCAUCAAUGCGUGGUGUACGAACAACAACAUCUUCAGUUAUUGUUUCAACAAAUUCAUUUAUUAACGAUGUCAAACGACAAAUUCAAAUUUAUGAAAAUACAUCAUAUGAAUUACCUGAAGAUAAUAAUCCAUUGAUAUUUUGGCGUGAUCAACAAUCAACCUUACCGAUUUUAUCCAAAAUAGCAAAGUCUAUAUAUGUUAUACAAGCAUCUUCGGCUGAAUCGGAACGGCACUUUUCAAUGGCCGGGCGAAUUGUCACAGAAGAAAGGUCUCAAUUGGAUCCUGAAUGUGUCGAAUCAAUUGUUGUUUUAAAGGAAGCCUAUUUAAACAAGACAUGGCCAAUAUCAAAAUAA